AUGUCCGACGCCAUGGAGCCUGCGUCUCUGGACAAUGACACGCGUGGAUGGAUCAUGUGCCUGGUCAGCGGCAUUGCUUGUGUCGUCGGUGCGAGUAUCAUCUACGUUGACCUGCUCAUUUGUCGACUCCCCGGCAAGCGAGAUUUUCGCAUCCAGGACAGCAAUGUCUUCCUCGCGUGCGCUCUCAGCUUGAGCUUCGGUGUCAUGCAAUUCUCCGCGCUCUACAGCAUGCUCCCCGAAGCCAAGUCCUAUCUCAAAGAAGGCGGUUACUCCGAUCAGAUUGCCGGCGCCAUUCUCAUGGGCUGCUUCAUCGGCGGCUUUGUCGGCAUUCAGGCCGUCUCGCGAGUAUUGCACCAAUUCAUGCCGUCCCACGUUGUCGACUUGCGAUCACACCCACGACGAGAACGGAACACCGCUCCCGAAAGCCUCAGUCGCAAAACGUCCUUCGCGCGUCAGCGACCGCCCUUACGCAUCCACAAGCAUGAUGCCGACGAACGCCGAUGGCCAUGGACAAUGGCCAUGACCAUGGACACCCUCACGGACAUGCCACCCUCACGCCAACGGAGCCGCCCACGAGUCGACCCCGCUGCUCAACACGCUGUCCGAGGAAGGCAGUGCCAGGCCUGCAUCGGGGAGACGACUGACCACGAGACAGACCAUGCCGGCCAGGACGGUGGAGGGCCCUGCUUCGGCUACACGGAUCCCUGCGGACAAGAGUGCUUCAAGCAUCUGGGCAGCCGCUCCGCGGCCUCGUCGCGGCAUUCCACCGUGGUCCGCCCCUCGACCGGCCACUUUCCUCCAACCUCGAGCGGACCGCACAGUCGCGAACGGGAAGAAGACAUGGAAUCGAUAGGGUCUCCUGCCAGCCCGCGACACCCCAGGAGCCGCACGGCGUCUCGCGAACCCUUGAACGGGAACCUCGAGGAGGCUGACACCGAGGUGCAGAGUGAGGACUGCUCCUCUAUGGAGGAAGACGUCGAGGCGCAGCACCAUCACCACGUCCCUACCAAUGCGUUUCUCUCGCUCGGCCUGCAGACCUCUAUUGCCAUCGCCCUGCACAAGUUUCCCGAGGGUUUCAUCACCUACGCCACCAACCACGCGAACCCGAGCCUGGGCUUUAGCGUCUUCAUGGCUCUUUUCGUUCACAACAUCAGUGAGGGUUUCGCCAUGGCCCUCCCGCUCUACAUGGCUCUUGGGUCCCGUCUUCGGGCUCUGCUAUGGUCCUCCCUCCUAGGCGGUCUCUCGCAGCCCCUAGGCGCUGCCAUUGCCGUGCUCUGGUUUCGCAUUGCCAACCACACCCACAUGGCUCCCAGCGCUGUCGCCUACGCAUGCAUGUUCGCCGUCACCGCGGGCAUCAUGGUCAGCGUGGCGCUGCAGCUUUUCGUCGAGGCGCUCUGCCUCGACCACAACCGCAACCUCUGCAUCUUCUUCGGCUUUCUGGGCAUGGCGCUGCUCGGCGUCAGCAGCGCGAUUGCAUCGGCGCAUUGA